AUGAGUACCGGUCCCAUACAAAGCGCAGAAGAUCUUGAAUACACAAAAAAAGCUCGUCAUGGCCACGGCAAAGACGUUGUUGACGAACACAACAUUCGGCAGGUGGCCGGAUGUCUUCCGAUCGAUCCUCUGAAUCAACGAUUUCUCUUAGUGUCAUCCCGAAAAAACCCUGGUGCAUGGGUUAUUCCCAAAGGAGGAUGGGAAGAGGAUGAAACCCAGGAGCACGCCGCAUUACGAGAGACUUGGGAAGAAGCAGGUGUCAAAGGAAAGAUCACUCGUCAUAUUGGUGUAUUCGCUGAACGCAACAAAAAGGGUAUCAAAGCCCAUCAUUGGAUAUAUGAAUUAGAGAUUAGCGAGGUGGUCAAAAAGUUUCCUGAAAAAAAGAAACGUGAACGACGUUGGUUUACUUUUGAUGAAGCAUUGAUCGCUACCAAGUCGGCCUAUUUGCAUGAUGCUCUUCGAUUGUCUAGUUUGAAUCCUGCAGUACAUCGGGCCGCUGAAACGCAUGAUGGGAAUGGGCAACAUCCACCACAACCACAGCAACAACAACAACCACAACCAAUAACCACAACUCCGCGACCAUCCCAAGAUCCCCAGGAGAAGAUAACACCACAACAACAAACGACAGCCCCACCUCCACAGCCACAGCCACAAUCACAACCGCCUCCACCACCACAACAACAACCACAAGAGAAUGUAUCCGCUUUACCACCAUCACCACCCUCAGAAGGCAAAAAGGGCUUUGGUGCUCAGCUAAAGUCUUUACUUAAUCCCAAGAAACUAGGAUAA